AUGCAGAGUCUGCGGACGAAGAACAUUGAACAUGGCUACAAGAAUGAUCCAAGCAGUGCAGAAGCAAAGAGGGGCGUGGAUUUACCAUAUGACACGGCACUAAUAUCCAGUGGUUAUACUCCUGACAAUCUUGCUAAAGUGGGAAACAAAAUCUAUGAGAUGAUGGUCAUUGCACUUGGUGGAAGGUGGGGAAGAACAGACUCACUGGGAGCAGCAGAAGAAGCUGAUGCCGAGGCAACAAGCUCUGAGGGCAGCUUUGAGACAGUAGAGGCAAAGGUGGUCGAACCAUCAGAAGUGAGGACAGAGGAUGAUCCUUGGAAGGAUUAA